AUGUGAUUGCUGCUCCCUUUCACAUUCAUUGCAAUCUCUCAAGCAUCUUAUUUUGAAUGUGAAAGCGAAUGGGGAAAAAUAUUACAAGCCAGCCAAGACAUUCUGAGCCCAAAUCCUUCAGACUACACAAAGAUGUUUUUGUACUCAGGAUUCAUGAUAAAUGAUCUUGGCCAAUACGACCCUUGCAAUGAUUUAUCUAUUUCUAAAUAUAGGCAUAUCCUUAAGAUAGCCCGAUAUGGGUGAGGGAAAUAGGCCAAAACUUCCCACUUGACUAGGCUAACUCAGGUUGGUCGAACUAAGUGGUAAAUGGCGAAUGAGCCUCCAUCCACUUUGUUCGGCCAACCCGAGUUGGCCGGACAAGUGGGAAGUUUUUGCCUCUAUCCCUCGCCCAUAUCAGGCUAUCUUAGGGAUAUGCUUAUACACUUUAAUAGUGCUUUUCCCUUAUCCAAGUAUGCUAAUUGCACUAUGCGGGCCUAAAGUUUGCACAGCAGAGGAUUAUCAGCAGCUUCUGGCAAAUCAUACAUUUUAUCAGACCAUAUCAGAAAAAAUACAAUUUCAUAACCCUUUAUAGCCUGAGUGCUCAUUUGUAGGGGUUAUACUAUAUAUAUGGCCGACACUAAAAGUUGGUUUUACGUUGCUAGGCGAUAAAUUAACUCCCAAAUUGAAUUACCUAUCUCAUUCAAAUCAUAGGAAAAGAGAAAUGGAAAAUCAACCCCCCAAUAACUUCAUUAUUGGGCAUAGCUCAAAUCAGAUAUAGUAUAGGGCUAUAAUUGAUUUAGAGCAGCUUAAAGCUGCUGAAACAGCAUUGCCUGUGAUUUUUCCUAAAGAGUAUAUUGAUGAUAAUUUCGAAGAUUUUAGUACCGGAGCAAUUCUUAUGAUAACUUUUAUUUGCAUUGUUGGAGUGAUAGGACUUUAUGCAACAUCUCUCGAAUACUAUUUAUUGUCGAAAAAAUCGAAAGAAAUAGUGGCAGAAAAAGCAGAAAUGAUAGAGCCAAGAGCUGAGGAUUCAACUUUGGUUAAGUUAGUCCUAUGUUUUUCAUUAAUUUGAAACAUUUAUUAAUUUUUUUAUUUUUAGAAUUUUAUAUAGCGAAUUGCACUAAUUAGGCUCCAAACUUGGCAAAAUUCCACAUGUGGAGACAAAACCCGCUUGUGAAGUUCCCAAUCAGAAUAGCUCCACAUAUGGAUUUGCUCCACACUUGGAAUGAUUUCUCCAAUGUAAAGCCCAAUCUCUAAUCAAUGCAAUUUACUAUACUAUUUCAUUUUUGAAUAUUUUUAAUUAUCCAUUAAUUUCUAAUACCAAAAAGCUUUUUGUCAGUAGAAGUCAAGAAAGGCUUGGAAAAAAAGACUCAAUGGAAUUAUUAAAUAGUGUAAGAGUGUUAUCCAUCAGCUGGGUUCUCAAUGGUCACGUCCUUUUGAUGCUUUAUUAUGUUACAGUCAUAUCCAACGCUGAUACUUAUAUUAAAGAAGUUUCCAAAUCUCAAUAUAUAAUCCCAUUAGCUGGAGAGUUUGCUGUUGAUACCUUUUUUUGAGUGUCAGGUUUUCUCGUCACAUAUUUGCUUAUCCACGAUAUAAAUAAUUCAAAGAAAAUGAACUGGCUUAUGAUUUACGUUCACAGGUAUCUUCGUAUAACACCUUUAUAUUUAUUUUGUAUUUUAUUGUUUUGGGCUCUUCAAAAGCAUAUUGGGAAUGGCCCAAUAUUUUUUACUGGAGAUAUUAUAUACUUUUUUUAUUAAUUCUUAUAAUAUUAUAGUAAAAAUAUUAAAGAUGUCAAAUUCAGUCUAAAAUAAUUUAAAUAAUGAAUGCAAAAAUCAUUGGUGGACAAAUAUUUUGUAUCUUAAUAAUUUUAUUCCUAAAGGCAAUGGAAGUGGAUGCUUUACUACAAGCUGGUACUUAGCUAAUGAUAUGCAGUUUUUUAUUAUCACUCCUCCAAUUCUUUAUAUUUAUCAUAGGCUUAAUAAAGUUGCGGCAUGGGGUAUUUCGGUGGCUCUUAUUUUUGAGUCAAUGCUAAGCUCAGGACUUAUUGUAAAUCACUAUGGUUUAAAUGCAGUUACCCAGUCUCUGAAUAAUACUGAAUAUUAUUUCGAUAAGUACUAUAACAAGCCUUAUUGUAGAAUUGGAGUUUAUUUCGUAGGGGUUUUGACAGGGAUUAUAGUAUAUUCUUAUAGGAAAUAUCAAAAUAAAAAUGAAGUUUAUGAUAAAAUUUCGGUUUGGGUUGGUAGACAGCUUGAAAAUAAAGCUAUAAGGUACGCUGUCGGACUUUUUGGGCUUACUCUUAUCAAUUUAUAAGAUCUAUGUAUAAAUAGCUCGGCAAUAUGUAAUUCUUUUAUUAAAAAUCUAUAAAUAAUAAUUUAUUGAUUUAUAGUUAUCAUUAAAUAAUUUUACUGUAAAAAGUAUAUUGAUUUUUGUCCAAUAUGAUAUAUAAUAUUUAAAUAAAUAUAGCAUAGAUGUACUAGAAUUCAUAAUAUCAAUAAACAGUAAUUUUAUAAAAAGUGGCUUAAAGUAAAAUAUAUUAUUAGCCAAGUUUAAAUCAGCUAAGCAUACUCUUUUAAGCACCCAGGCAAGGACUUUAAAUACGACCACUGAAAUAAUACUCAAAAUGUUAUUUUUCUUGCAUUUGGCAGAGUUUCUUUUGGAAUCGGACUCACUUGUUUAUGUUUACCAGCAUUUUUAGGUCAUUUCACUUGGAUGACUUGAAUUUUGACUUGGGAUCUGUGAACUCCUCUUGCAAGACUAUCAUUUUGUGUCUAUUUAAUUCACUAUAAUAUUCUUGAUAUGACCUACAGAAGUAUAAAAACUGCAACCGUGCUUAACGAGUUUACACUCAUAAGGGAUUCAGUUUUCUUUAUUAUUCUCGCAUAUAUAAUUUCGAUCCCAAUUGUACUUUUAAUUGAGAUGCCAGCUUUUGGAAUUGAAAAAGUCAUAUUUUCUUCAACACAUAGAAAAUCACUAAAACAAGAUAAUAAGCAAGUUCAAUUGGAGCCUUUGGUUGGGAAUAAAUAA